GCAUAGCCUUAAUUUAUCUUCUAAAGUUUUGGCGUGAAGAAUAGCGGGUAAAUGUGGCAUGACCGCUAAACUUUAUCGUUUACUGUUUGUCGGAGCACCUGGUGUGGGAAAAGGGACUUACUCCAGCCGCGCCGCGGAGGCCUUGCGCUGUACUUCGAUUUCUAGUGGUGAUCUCCUCCGAAGAGAGGUGGAAAGGGGCACCGGGAUCGGCAAGGGGGUGAAGAGCUUAAUUGAAAACGGCACUUUCGUUCCUGACGCACUUAUUUCUGAAAUAGUGACUACACAUUUUAGGCAGGUGUGCACUUCCACAAAGUCUCGCGGCUAUAUUCUUGAUGGCUUUCCUCGAAACUUCGCACAAGCCAAGAUGAUUUGGGAUUCUGGAGACAUGCCUAUUGAUCGUGUUAUCAAUUUUACACAGCCCACUAGUGUAAUUUUAGCAAAGGUGUCCUCACGGCGGAUGUGUUCCAAUUGCGGAUUCGUAUACAAUUUGGCGAAAAUUGAUGAGGGAGGUAUUAAGAUGGAUCCGUUGUUACCACGAGUGGAGGGUAUAUGUGACAAAUGCGGCUCUACAGGACCGCUUGUUACUCGGAAAGAUGAUGAACGGUCGAUUAUGGAGGCUCGCUUGAAAGAUUACGAAAAGAUAUCAGCUCCCUUGCUUCAUUUCUAUCAGGAAAAAGGUGUAUUGCACAAUUUUGAAGUGCUUGGUGGCGCGAGUCAGUACCUCCCAAGGCUCCUGGAACUUAUUAAGACAAUUUACUCUCAGGUCUAAAGAUACAAGAGGGAGCCAAGAUAAUUUUAGGUUACAUACAUCUUUUAGCGUGUGAAAUGAUGCACUCGUAAAUACAUUACGACAGCAGAUAAUCAAAGGGGCCUUUUUGUCACCGCCUUACAUAAGCAUCACAAUACCAUUCACUUUAACACAUUUCACACAA